AGAAUUUACUGAGAUUUCCUUCCUCAGAUCCCAAAUCCGGACGCUUUUCUUUCUCUGGUCGGAGUGUCGCCAUGGCUAAGAGCUCCUUCAAGCUGGAACAUCCCCUCGAAAGGAGGCAGGCAGAAGCCGCUCGCAUCAGAGAGAAGUAUCCUGAUAGAAUACCAGUAAUUGUUGAGAGGGCUGAGAAGAGUGAUGUGCCUGACAUUGAUAAGAAAAAUUUUAACUAGUAUAAUGGAUGGAUGCAUUGCACGUCUAGCCAAAAAAGUCCCAUUAUUGAUAAAGCUCAACUUGAAAA